AACUGGAUUUGGACUAAUGAAAAAAGGAAAAACGGUCAGCUGUUGUCACAGCAAAAUCAUGAGCAGGCCUUUGCCUUAUCAUAUCUACUUCUUUUCGGGACUGUUGACCUGUUGGAUAUUAUGUACAUCUUCGGCCAACAAAUGUACUGUUAGACAUGAAGCAGCCGAUUGCAGUCAUCUGAAGUUGACUCAAAUACCUGAUGACCUCCCAACAAACAUAACUGUGUUGAAUCUUACCCAUAAUCAACUCCGAAGAUUGCCAGCUGCCAAUUUUACAAGAUACAGCCAACUUACUAUCUUGGAUGGGGGAUUUAACUCCAUCUCAAAGCUGGAGCCAGAACUGUGUCAAAGUCUCCCUUGGUUGGAAAUUUUGAACCUCCAACACAAUGAGAUAUCUCAGCUUUCUGAUAAAACCUUUAUCUUCUGCAUGAAUUUGACUGAACUCCAUCUAAUGUCCAACGCAAUCCAAAAAAUUAAAAAUGAUCCCUUUAAAAACCUGAAGAAUUUAAUCAAAUUAGACCUCUCUCAUAAUGGUUUAUCAUCUACGAAAUUAGGAACUCAGCUCCAACUGGAGAACCUCCAAGAGCUUCUAUUAUCAAAUAACAAAAUUUCUUCACUAACACCAGAAGAACUUGAUUUCCUUGGCAAUUCUUCUUUAAAAAGAUUAGAGUUGUCAUCAAAUCAAAUCAAAGAGUUCUCUCCUGGGUGUUUUCAUGCCAUUGGAAAAUUAUCUGGCCUCUCUCUGAACAAUGCCAACCUGAGCCCCAGUCUCACAGAGAAGCUCUGCUUGGAAUUGUCAAAUACAAGCAUUGAGAAUCUGUCCCUGAGCAGCAACCAGCUGGACACAAUCAGCCACACGACCUUCAGUGGACUGAAACAGACGAAUCUCACCACGCUGGACCUUUCCCGUAACUCCUUACGUGUGAUGGGUAAUGACUCCUUUGCCUGGCUUCCACAUCUCGAGUACCUCUCUCUGGAGUAUAACAACAUAGAGCAUUUGUCUUCUCGCUCUUUUUAUGGGCUUUCCAGCUUGAGACACCUGAACUUGAGACGGUCUUUUACUAGACAAAGCAUUUCACUGACUUCGCUCCCCAAGAUUGACGAUUUUUCCUUUCAGUGGCUAAAAUGUUUGGAGUACCUCAACAUGGAAGAUAACAACUUUCCAGGCAUAAAAAGAAAUACUUUCACGGGAUUGGUGAGGCUGAAAAUUUUAAGUCUAUCCAACUCCUUCUCAAGUUUGCGGACUUUAACAAAUGAGACAUUUCUAUCACUCGCUAGUUCUCCUCUGCUCCUACUCAACCUAACCAAAAAUAAAAUCUCAAAAAUUCAGAGUGGUGCUUUUUCUUGGUUGGGGCACCUGGAGGUCCUUGACCUCGGCCUUAAUGAAAUUGGGCAAGAACUCACAGGCCAGGAAUGGAGAGGCCUAGACAAUAUUGUCGAAAUCUACCUUUCCUACAACAAAUACCUAGAGCUGACCACCAACUCUUUCACCUCAGUUCCAAGCCUUCAAAGACUGAUGCUUCGAAGGGUAGCCCUGAGAAAUGUGGAUAGCUCCCCUUCACCUUUUCACCCUCUUCCGAACCUGGUCAUUCUGGAUCUAAGCAACAACAACAUAGCCAACAUAAAUGAUGAAUUGUUGAAGGGUCUUGAGAAACUAGAAAUUCUGGAUUUGCAGCAUAACAACUUAGCUCGGCUCUGGAAGCAUGCCAACCCUGGCGGCCCUGUUCAGUUUCUGAAGGGCCUUUCUCGCCUCCACAUCCUUAACUUAGAGUCUAAUGGCUUUGAUGAGAUCCCAGUGGAAGCCUUCAAGGACUUACGUGAAUUGAAGAGUAUUGAUUUAGGAAUGAAUAAUUUAAAUAUCCUUCCACGAUCUGUCUUUGAUAAUCAAGUGUCACUAAAGUCAUUAAGCCUUCAGAAGAACCUCAUAACAUCUGUUGAAAAGACUGUUUUUGGGCUAGCGUUCAGGAACCUGAGUUAUUUAGAUAUGCGUUUUAAUCCUUUUGACUGUACCUGUGAAAGCAUCGCCUGGUUUGUUAAUUGGAUUAAUAGUACCCACACCAACAUCUCUGAGCUGUCGAACCAUUACCUCUGCAACACUCCGCCUCAAUACCAUGGUUCCCCAGUAAUGCUUUUCGAUGUAUCGCCCUGCAAAGACAGUGCCCCAUUUGAACUCCUUUUCAUGAUUAACACCAAUAUCCUUUUGAUUUUUAUCUUUAUUGUACUGCUCAUCCAUUUUGAAGGCUGGAGGAUAUCUUUUUAUUGGAAUGUUUCAGUGCAUCGAGUUCUCGGUUUCAAAGAAAUAGACAAAGCAGAGCAGUUUGAAUAUGCAGCGUAUAUAAUUCAUGCCUAUAAAGACAGAGAUUGGGUCUGGAAGCACUUCUCCCCAAUGGAGGAAGAAGAUCAUACUCUCAGAUUUUGUCUGGAAGAAAGGGACUUUGAGGCAGGUGUCCUUGAACUUGAAGCAAUUGUGAACAGCAUCAGAAGGAGCAGAAAAAUUAUUUUCGUUAUAACACAGAAUCUAUUGAAAGAUCCAUUAUGCAAAAGAUUCAAGGUUCACCAUGCAGUUCAGCAAGCUAUUGAACAAAAUCUGGAUUCCAUUAUAUUGAUCUUUCUUGAGGAGAUUCCGGAUUAUAAACUGAACCACGCACUCUGUUUGCGAAGAGGGAUGUUUAAAUCUCAUUGCAUCUUGAACUGGCCGGUUCAGAAAGAACGGGUAAAUGCUUUUCAUCAUAAAUUGAAAGUAGCACUUGGAUCCAGAAAUUCAGUACAUUAA